GAUACCAAACAGACACGUAACCUCACAUACCUUAUUAGAACGCCGAAUGAGGGCGAAGAGGUCCUCAUUCGAGAGGCCGUUCACGACGGUUGGAGGAAGCUGCGCGAGAUCACUGUUCCAACCGACGUUCCUGACCUCGAGGCUCUUGACGUCGAACUGAACGUCAAUGCUCUUGUCUGGGUCGGGCGGGAGCUCGACGGCCUGCGCGAUGACAUCUGUGUCGGCCUGGAUAAGGGGAUUGCCAUCUGGCGCGGUAGCAAGAUUCUCCGUCGGUUCGAAUCGAGCGUCGGGUUUGUCGACGGGACUCUAGAGAAAUGGGCUCCAGAACUCGGGGCCAAGUGGCAGUCUAAACAGAAAGGGUCGACUGUAGCUUCGCGCGCACUGAGCCCAGGUCACCGCGACACCGCUCGAGAUCCACUUUCGCUGCGCGUGCCGCAUGUCGGUGGUCCUAAGUCGCGCAGUAUCGAUUCUGUGAAGACUUGCGCUUGA